AUUCCAUAUUAUCAACGAUUCAGUCAAAAUCUGAAAGCAAAAGACGUUGAACCCGCUUCGGUUCUGCGCCAUAAUUUUGCUAUCUUGCUCCGCCGUCGGCAGCUCCCGAUCCGGCCUCCGGCCUCCGGCCAUCUCUCUCCCUACGCCGUCGCGGCAUUAAUCGAUAAGCUAAAGCUUCUGCUCGUAACUGUAGAAAGUGACUGGAAAGCUUCCAUUUCGAAUCGAACGCAAUCUUUCGGUUAAUCUCUCGAACUGCGUUUUUUUUUCGAGCUUUUUAGGUAUCUUUUUAGCUUUCGAUUGGCGCUGUUUGUUUGUCUAGAAAAGUAACUUUUCCCGGGGUGGGAACACACAUUUCUUCUUCAUUACAUAAGAAUCUUUUUACUUCCACGAAUAUUUAUUUAGUUUUUACCAGAUUGGGUUGUCGGAAUUUCGUUCCCUAAAAUUCUUUUUGUAUCCGGGAGAGGUUUGAUUGGAUUUUUUUUUAGUUCGCAACGGUGUAGUAGGAUUGAUUAAUUUAUGAGAAUUUAGUGAGAGAUUCUAGAUUGAGUACUUCCAAAUAUGUCUGGGAUGCGUCGGAGGAAGGCGGCGGAAAAAGAUCCCAAUAUUCAGAAAGAUGAAGAUGACGGCAAGAAGGAGAGGGUCAGUGGAAAAGUAAAGGAAGUUAAGGCAAAGAAGAAGUGGUCGUGUGUCGAUAGUUGUUGCUGGUUUGUGGGGUGUGUUUGUACGACAUGGUGGUUCUUGUUGUUUCUGUACAAUGCGAUGCCCGCAUCGUUGCCUCAGUACGUGACAGAGGCAAUCACCGGACCAAUGCCGGAUCCACCGGGUGUCAAAUUGAAGAAAGAGGGGCUGAAGGUGAAGCACCCAGUCGUGUUUGUGCCGGGGAUUGUUACUGGUGGGCUUGAACUAUGGGAAGGCCAUGAAUGCGCGGAGGGAUUGUUCAGGAAGCGCCUGUGGGGUGGCACAUUUGGCGAAGUGUAUAAAAGACCUUCAUGCUGGGUAGAGCAUAUGUCAUUGGAUAAUGAAACUGGAUUAGAUCCUCCAGGAAUCAGGGUCAGGCCAGUCAGUGGGCUUGUUGCUGCAGAUUAUUUUGCUCCGGGUUAUUUUGUGUGGGCAGUUCUGAUUGCUAACUUGGCUCGUAUUGGUUACGAGGAGAAAACAAUGUAUAUGGCUGCAUAUGACUGGAGAAUGUCAUAUCAAAACACCGAGGUUAGAGAUCAAACCCUCAGCCGGAUAAAGAGUAACAUAGAAUUGCUGGUCGCGACGAAUAGCGGGCAGAAGGCAGUGAUAAUUCCGCAUUCAAUGGGUGUUUUAUACUUCAUGCAUUUCAUGAAGUGGGUUGAAGCACCAGCGCCAAUGGGUGGUGGGGGAGGACCAGACUGGUGUGCUAAGCAUAUAAAAGCAGUUAUAAAUAUUGGUGGACCAUUUCUAGGUGUUCCCAAAGCUGUUGCUGGGCUUUUCUCUGCUGAAGCUAAGGAUAUUGCAUUUGCCAGGGCUAUUGCACCACUUUUCUUGGACAACGAUCUAUUUCGCAUUCAAACGUUGCAGCAUGUAAUGAAGAUGACUCGGACAUGGGAUUCGACCAUGUCGAUGAUACCAAAAGGAGGGGAUAUUAUAUGGGGUGGUCUUGAUUGGUCACCUGAAGAUGGCCAUGCUCCCAGCAAAAGAAAACAAAAAAACAAUGAUACAAGUAAUGGAGGCCAUAAUGGUGAUGGAGAUACAGUUUCUCCUUCAAAGAAAGUUAACUAUGGAAGGAUUAUAUCGUUUGGGAGAGACAUAGCAGAGGCAGAUUCAUCUGAGAUUGAGAGGAUUGAAUUUUUGGAUGCUAUCAAGGGCCAUAAUGUUGCAAAUACUACCUGCCACGACGUUUGGACUGAAUACCAUGACAUGGGAAUAGAGGGUAUCAGAGCAAUCUCAGAUUACAAAGUUUAUACAGCUGGAUCAGUUGUAGAUUUACUUCAUUAUGUUGCCCCACAAACUAUGGAACGUGGAAGUGCCCAUUUCUCUUAUGGAAUUGCCGACAACCUGGAUGAUCCAAAAUAUAACCACUACAAAUAUUGGUCCAACCCUUUGGAGUCAAGAUUACCAAAUGCUCCCGACAUGGAGAUCUUUUCUUUGUAUGGAGUUGGAAUACCGACUGAAAGAGCGUAUGUUUACAAGCUAUCUCCUGCUGCUGAGUGCUACAUUCCGUUUCAGAUAGAUACUGCAGCUAAUGAGGGGGAUGAAGAUGGCUGUCUGAAGGAUGGAGUUUACACCGUCGACGGAGACGAAACCGUGCCUGUUCUAAGUGCUGGUUACAUGUGUGCAAAAGGCUGGCGUGGGAAAACCAGAUUUAAUCCUUCAGGAAUCCGAACUUACGUCAGGGAGUACAACCAUUCUCCCCCAUCAAACUUGCUAGAAGGACGGGGAACGCAGAGUGGUGCCCACGUCGAUAUAAUGGGAAACUUUGCGCUGAUCGAAGAUAUAAUUCGAAUAGCAGCCGGGGCUCAAGGGGAGGAUUUGGGAGGUGAUCAAGUCUAUUCAGAUAUCUUUAAAUGGUCAGAGAAGAUCAAAUUGCCUCUGUGAUGAUCUUAGUUGGUAGUUGAUAUACAUGUUCUUCUGUUCUGAUAGCAAAUUCAGCUCACAAAAAGAAAAAAAAAAGCUUGAAACUGCAUCCAUUUCAACUCUUGGUAACUUUAAGGAGUAUGGGAAAACCACUUGUUUAAUUUGGUUGUCUUGUGUUUUCCAUCACAAACUGGUUGAACUGGCUAUUGGCUAAGCCCAAAACCAACUUCUCUAUUGUUUUUGUUUUACAUAAAUUAUGUAGACAUUAGAAUUAUCAUA